AUGGAGAUAUCACGUCCUGAAGACCGUGCCCUAAUCGGAAUGGUGGUCUGCUUCUCUUGGAACAUGGGCCUAUCCAUCAUCCCUUUCCUCAUGUGGUGGUUACGUGAUUGGGUACCAUUUUUACUAGCUUCUACCUUACCAUGUGGUAUUUAUUUCUUUUCACAAAAAUGGAUAAUUGAAUCCCCUCGAUGGUUAGCAUCGAAAGGGAAGAUAACCCGGUGUAUAAAAGAGUUGCGAAAUGUAGCAAAAGCCAACAGGACGGAAUUACCCUCUGAUAUUGAAGAAGUAUUGAUCAAAUACUGUCAGGAAAAUAGUCAGGAGAAGCAUCAAAUGCUACAAAUCUAUAUCUUUUUGAUCAUCAAUGUUUCCAACCUUGAUGGUAACCCAUUCUUAAAUUACCUCUUUCAAGCACUAGCCGAAUUACCUGGAUAUGCAUUAGCUAAAGUAAUCAGUGAUCGAUAUGGGAGGCGAUAUGCAAGUUUUUUGGGAUUUUUCAUGACUUUCCUAUCUUCUAUUCCGGUUAUUUUUUUGAUCAACGAUCCAUCCAUGACAUUGGCGGUAUAUGCACUGUGUGUAUUUAUGAAGUUCAGUCUUGCACUGUCAUAUUUCACCGUAAAUCUUCAAGCGCUAGAGAUUUAUCCGACUUGUAUCCGGCAAACCGGAAGUGCCAUCGGGAUUAUCUUCGCUAGCAGUUUAGGAACACUUGUACCAUAUAUUAUUAACCUGGGUGUGUCCGUAAAUGCAACUCUCCCCUAUUUAAUCUACAUGUUCUGCGCGUUAUUAGGAGCUGUCUUUUGUAUUUUCCUACCGGAAACACUUAGUCAUCAACUUCCGGAAACCCUUUCCGAUGCGAGAAUCUUCGGAAAAGAUCAAAAUAUUUUCGGAAAACAAAAACAACGCAAUAAUAAUAAUAACAUCAACGAUGGAUCUGAUAAACCAUUAAAAUCAUAG